GCCUCGGCAGUCAUCUCCGAAUCCCUGACGCUGACCUGCACUCCGGGUACUGCCUUGCAGUCCGCCUCCUUCAAGAACAGCAAAGAUGAUGGGUGGAGUGGAUCUCUGACCUGCUGCUACGUGGCAUCUAUGGUGCUUGGAGUGCCAAGCACAGGCUACCUGGACACGCAGAGGCUGGAGGAGUGGGAGGGUGUCUACUGCCCAGCAGCGCGAGACCUGAGCGGCCGGCUGCAGUACCAGCAGCGGAGCUCCUUCCGAGCUCCCCGCGCUGGGAGCUCCACCUUGGAGGGAAACCUGUCCUUCGACUACACCUCGGGGCAGUGGUGCUUGCAUGGCGUCGGCUGUGCUGCCAGCACCACAGACGACCCCUUGUCUGGGCUUGCCGGCGCAAGCUGGGAGGUUGUGGCCGUCACUGACUUCAACGGCCAGUAUCAGGCGUCGUCCUCCAGCUCAGGAACGCGCACCCGAACCCGGCAAAAGCCGGCCCUCAUCCAAUUCCACGCUGAGAAGGUGGAAGUGGCUGAGGAGUGCAAAGAGGAAGUGCCAGACUGGAACACUGUGGGAAAGAGCCUGAGCAGUGAAAACCCCUGCUCUUACGUGACAGGGAAGAAGGCCGACAGCUAUUCAGACUUCGAGCAUGAAAAGGGCAAAGGCGCCAACUGGUGGGAGUUUAAAGAUGGAAAGCUGGCGACGGUAGAUGACCUCAAGGGUGGGAAAGGUGGUGCCGGCUACAGCUAUGAGAAGAUCUUGGACUGCUGGGAGCGCCAGGAGGAGAGAGAAUCCGACAUGUCCGAGGCGGAGUUUGCCUUUGACGAGACCCUGAAGGGCGCCACGCUCGUGAAGGAUUAUGCCACGCCGGGUUGUUUUGGGUUACCGGAAGCCGUUGCAGCUCCCCUAGGUCUGGGAGAAAUACAAGAGCUCAGCGAGUUUUGCGAGUCUUUCGUGGAGAACGAGUUUGACGUGGUAGCCACUGCAGCCGAGAUGCUGAUGGCUUCUGCCCAAUACCACAAGCAGCAGGCAGAUGCGGCCGACUGCAAAGGGAACCACGCGGCUUUCGCCCGCAUCUGGUGUGACCUGCACUGCGUGCGCUCCGCAGUGCAAGAAGGUGACAAGGCCAUCCUCGCUUCCCUGGAGAAGGCCGUGAGCGUGCUGGACACGAACGUGGAUCGGUUGCUCCAGUACUACACGGGGCUGGUCGGAGACAAAGUCGACGCGUUGCGGGCCGACGUGGAGAACAAGUCCGGAGACACCGAGGCCGCCCAAGUGAAGGAGCUGAAGGCUUCGCUGGCAGCCAAGCUCCACGGCCUGCGGAAUUUGUAUCAGGUGACUGCUUUGGAUGCCGUGCACACAACCGCCGCCGAGCUCUUGCUCCAACAGUUCAUGCAGGAUGUGCGCCAGAGCAUGGCCAGCAAGUCUCCGCAUGCCAGCCUUGCGGACCACGUGGAGGACGUGGAGGCAGCUGCAAAGAUCUUGGCCCACGCUGGCGGACUCAAAGCGAGCGACGCCGUGGCGCAGAACGUGGCCCGUUCGGCGGCCAAAAUGCAAGACUUAGCCCGGACAAGGAGCCACAUGCUGGGUGUCUACGAGCACCGGGCCCUCAACUCCAAGGCCCGCCAGCAGCGCUUGGUUACUGCGGCCGAAACUGGCAGCGCGCAGCUGUUGCUCGAAGGUCAAGCCUCAGAGAACGCUUGGCCGGUGAUCCUCGAGUUGGAUACCACGUGGUGGGCUUUGCGGGCAGCCUUCGACAUCUACUUGGAGAAGGCCAAGCGGCAUGCCCAGAGUUACCUCCACGCAUCGCAACUCCUGCAGGACUAUGUGGGCUGCUCCGCAGAGUUUGCAGAGGUGCGGGCCGCGUACGGACAUCUGCUCAAUGCGGAGGAAGCUGCUGAGCACGCACUGGAGGAGGCGUGGACCAGCAUGCUGCCCCUGAGCGGCCUCCUCGUGUCGAAGUUGGUGGACUCGAAUGCGCUCAUCAAGCUGAGUCUCCAGGAUGCCAAAGAUGCCCUGGAGAGCCUGGAGCUCGAGGCCAAGGAUUGUGCCCAGUUGGAGGCAUCGACGGGCCCUGCGCUGAAUCGAAGUCUUGCCCUGGGCCUGAUGGGCCAGACCGUCCGGCAAGCAACUACCAUGUUCGGGGAGCUGCUGCUCCUGAAGCAGCGCAGCCCGCGGCCCCUGGAAAACAUGGAUGUGCUCUACCAGAGCCUGGAGCGCCUGGCGCGGAACCUGAAGCAGAGCGCCUCGCUCCAGCCUGCCCUGCACGAGAAGUUCGCGGGGCAAGCCCGCGCAAAGCUCUGCGAAGGGUAG